AUGGACAAACCUCGAAAAACACCCGAUGAUUACCAGACCCUCUUUGACAAACUAGAUAUUGACAAGAAGGGCCAGAUCACAUUUCUGGAUUUCAAAAAUGCCGUCAAGACGUUGAACCACCCGGUUGGCGAGAAUCCAGACUUACUAGAGCAAGUUUUCCAAUCUUUUGAUUCCAACAAAGACAACAUUAUCGACUUUAAUGACUUUAAGCUUUACUUAACGACUACUGAUGACCAGAUUUUGAAAGGAUUCAAUAAAAUAGACCUGGAUAGCGAUGGUAAGUUGACUAGGGCCGAUUUCAUCAACUACCUUAAGAAAACUCUCAAUCUUAGCCCGUCUGACCAAAUUAUCGACGAAGUGUUCAGCAAGUUUGACCACAAUUGCCAAGGCUACAUCACAUACGAUGAGUUUAGAGAUUUCUUAUUAUUGAUGCCUCGUUUACAUGGCUCGAGAAUUAGAACUGCCUACAAUUACUUGGCCGAAGAACUCGAUUUGUCCGCCGAUGGUGAUGUCACUUUGAUCAAUUCGUUCAUUAGCGGUUUCGGCUUCUUUUUGGCAGGCGGCCUCUCCGGAGUUGUUUCCAGAACAUGUACUGCUCCAUUUGAUAGAAUUAAAGUGUUCCUUAUCGCCAGAACUGACCUUUCGUCCACAAUCAUGCAUAAUAAAAAAGAGCUUGCCAAGCAAGUGGAGACUGGAGCUUCCAGACAAGCUAUCGAAAAGGCUAGAAAUAAGCUCAUCCAAUCCGAACGUGAAGCUCCAAUCAGAACCCUUUGGAAACAAGGCGGAUUCAGAGCAUUCUAUGUCGGAAAUGGUUUGAACGUCAUAAAGGUGUUCCCGGAAUCGGCCAUGAAGUUUGGCUCCUUCGAGGCAGCCAAAAGAUUGUUUGCUAGAAUAGAAGGCGUUGACGAUACUUCAAAGUUGUCAAAGCUCUCCACCUACUUGGCAGGUGGUAUGGGUGGUGUGGCUGCCCAGUUUACAGUCUACCCUAUAGAUACAUUGAAGUUCCGUGUUCAAUGUUCCAAUUUGGACUCCCUGUUGAAGGGUAACAAGCUUCUCAUACAGCAAGCUAAAGACAUGUUUAAAGAAGGUGGAUUGAGGAUUUUUUAUAGAGGCAUUUUUGUCGGGUUGAGUGGUAUGUUUCCUUACGCAGCUCUUGAUUUGGGAACUUUUUCAACGAUCAAAACCUUGCUUGUCAAGAGAGAAGCAAAGAAACUUGGAAUCUCAGAGGAGAACGUUCGUUUGCCAAACUACAUGGUUCUUUCUUUGGGUGCUAUUUCAGGUACUUUUGGCGCAACUGUCGUCUAUCCUAUUAACUUGUUGAGAACAAGAUUGCAAGCACAGGGCACCUAUGCUCAUCCUCACAGAUAUAAAGGCUUCAAAGACGUCUUCCAGAGAACCGUUGCGAGGGAAGGUGUUCCGGGCCUUUUCAAGGGUCUUGUGCCUAACUUGGCCAAGGUUGCACCAGCGGUGUCUAUCAGUUACUUCAUGUAUGAGAAUUUGAAGAACUUGAUGGGUCUUGAUAACAAGCUCGAUUAA